UCAGAGUCCAGACUGAAGGAAGACAGUGGAGUGUGAGCCAGCACCUGUCUACAGACACAACGAUGAAGUCAGCUGUCAUUGCCUUUCUCACCUGCCUGCUUGUCCUCUAUGUACAAGGACAAUCAGACACCACUAGUUCAUGCAAGUGUUUAAACGGUUAUGUCGGCCGGAUCAACACAAAGGUCAUCAAGGGAAUGCCAGUCAUACACCACCCAAGUGUCUUCUGUCUAAAGACAGAAAUUAUUGUCACAAUAGCAGAUCAGAAGAAGUGUGUGAAUCCAGCGUCACCACUGGGAAAAAUCAUUCUGAAAAACAUGAGCAAGCAAAAGAAGAAUGAAGCUGUGAGCAUGACGACGACUACCAGUCAAACUAAUACACAGAGUUCAACGAGUCACCACACAACAUCCACCAUGUAGAGCUGCUGCAAUACUUUUAUACUUAUUUUAUACUUUUUAUAUUUCAUUUUUACUAUAUUUAUGAAAUUUCAUAAUUAAAUCUAAUUUAAAUG